CGUUUCUUUGGGGAGGGAGGGAAGAGCUCUGGGUGAGAGAGCGGCAGCAGGUGAGCAGACUCACAGUGAUGGGGCCUUCAGGUCCCCGUCCUUGGGGCUUGACCAGUCCCAGCCCUGGCGCCAGAGUCGAUCGCAGCGAGGACAACAGGAAAACCACUGAAAACACCCUGGGACUCUAGUGCUCUUCCCUCAGAGCCCCAGAGGAUGACCAAAACAGGCCACCCAAGAGCGACCGAGGUGGAACCCCUGCUCCCCGGAGGACCGCUGCAGUAGCAGCGGCGGCGGCGGCGGCAGCAGCGCCUUUGCCCUCCUGGCUCUGCCCGGUUCCCAGCCGUUUCUCUCCCCGCAGGCUGACGGACUUCAAGGAUGCAGCCGCUGCUGCUGGAGAUGUGUGGCGCCGUACCUGAGCCGGGCCAUGAGGUCAUGCAGCUGUGAUGUGGGCCCCUCAUGGCCUCAGCAGGAACAGAGCACUACAGUAUUGGUCUCCGCCAGGGAAACAGCUUCAAGCAGAGUGGUCCCCCGGGCACAGUGCCUGCCCCGCCACCUGACAAACCCUCUGAGGGCGAGGUCUGGUCUCAGGCUCAGCGACAGGUUAAGCCAGUCUGGAAGCUGGAGAAGAAACACGUGGGGACCCUUUCAGCAGGGUUGAGCCCGCGCCUCUUGGGUGUCCGACCCCAGCCAGCAUAUUUCUUUUGCCCCAGCACUUCAUGUAGCUCUGGGACCACAGCCGCCCUUACAGACCAGCACUGCAACUCCUGGUACCCGUCUGCUCUCUGGGUACCCGACUUGUUCAGCAAUACCCUGCCGUACCGCCGCUCCAGCUGUAGGCACAGAACGUACCAGCAUCUGGAGUCUUUCUGCUUACAUUCAAGCCCAUCAGAAAGAAGACCUUUUCUUCUCCCUCAAAAGCACCUCCCUGUCGGACUCACUGCCAAUAAAGCCACUUCUUUCCCCGUCUCCGCCAUGGCCCAGCCCAUGGCAUCCUGCCCCGCAGACCCAUACCUCUCACUAGGAGCAGCGGGGGAAAACCCUUCAGGGAAGAGACUGGCCUCUGCCAUCUCAGGGAAGAUGCUAUCUCCACUCUCCUCCCCCUCCUCCUCCUACAAGCCUGUGCUAAAUAACAGCUCCUUCAUGCGGCCAAAUAGCACUAAAGUGCCUUUCUCACAGGCCACCGAGGGCCGAAAGCCAGUACCCUCACCCAAGAUCCAGCUUGUCUCCUGGCAUCACGCAGGGGGCACUGGAGACUGUGCUCUCCAGCCCACUGAGCACAAGGUACCCAAGAGCAAUGGCAUUGUCCUACGUGGUGCCCUUGCCCACAGCCCCCUGCCGACCCCUGGCUCCUUAGACACUCCCACCACCAGUGUUGCCUCCCCCCAGCACAACCAGGGUAACGUAGCCAUGAGGAUAAAGCCACGUCCCUGUGGCCUGGAUGGCAACUCUGUCCCCCAGGUUCUGAGCAAGGAGGUUCAGUUCACUGAGGCUGUGAGGAAGUUCACUGCAAGUGGCUUUGAGAAGGUGAGGCCAGGCUACCAGUUUGAACAAUCUGGCUCAGUGAACCCCAGCUUGCGGUGGGGUCUCCUCAACAGGAACAGUUGCUGGAAACCUCCUGUGGUAGGCCAGCAGCUCCCUCAGGAGGGUGCUGGAGCAGACAGGAUCCUCCCUGGAGCCUCGGACACCUUGGAGUUGGACAGUACAGUCAUUUGUACCAAGCGCAUCAGCAUUCACCUCCUUGCCUCGCACAACAGCGGGCUCGGCCGCAGCCCUGCCCAUGGUUCCGUGAUCGACUCCCCACCACCUGGAGAAGACAAAACACCAGAUUUGCCUUGUCCCCCCAAGCCCUUUGGCUUAGCUGACGUGGCCACCCGCCUCUCUGCCAUCCAUCUGGGCCACUCUGAGAAGGAGGAGCCUAAAGAAGCCAGGGAGCUGGACUCGCCUGCUAAGGAUACUGGCUCAGCUGCUGACCUCCAGCUAGACCAGGCUGAGGCUGAAGACCUAGAGGAAGAGCUGGUGGACAGUUUGGAAGACUGCUGUAGCCACGAUGAGGAUGAAGAGGAGGAGGCAGACUCGGAGCGCUCCUCCUUCAGUUCCGUCUCUUCCAGCGAGUCGGUAGCAGUGAUCUCUCGGGGCUGUGUGGAGGCUGUGACCAAACCUCUUUCUGAUGAGAAAGUUGUCCGACCAGCCCUCACCUACAGUCUCUUUCCCAACGUGCCUCCUACCAUCUAUUUUGGCACCCGGGAUGAGAAAGUGGAGAAGCUUCCCUGGGAGCAGAGGAAGCUGCUCCGGUGGAAGAUGAGCACAGUGACCCCCAACAUUGUCAAGCAGACCAUCGGACGGUCGCACUUCAAGACCAGCAAGAGAAAUGACGACUGGCUGGGCUGCUGGGGUCACCACAUGAAGUCUCCCAGUUUCCGAUCCAUUCUGGGGCACCAGAAGCUAAACCACUUCCCGGGCUCAUUCCAAAUCGGGAGAAAGGACCGGCUGUGGCGGAACCUGUCCCGCAUGCAGAGCCGCUUUGGCAAGAAGGAGUUCAGUUUCUUCCCCCAGUCCUUCAUCCUGCCCCAGGAUGCCAAGCUCCUGCGCAAAGCCUGGGAGAGCAGCAGCCGCCAAAAGUGGAUUGUGAAACCACCAGCAUCCGCUCGAGGCAUUGGCAUCCAGGUCAUUCACAAGUGGAGUCAGCUCCCUAAGCGGAGGCCCCUUCUGGUACAGAGGUAUCUGCACAAACCCUACCUCAUCAGUGGCAGCAAGUUUGAUCUGCGCAUCUAUGUUUACGUCACCUCCUACGAUCCUCUGCGGAUUUACCUCUUUUCAGAUGGGCUCGUCCGCUUUGCCAGUUGCAAGUACUCGCCUUCCAUGAAGAGCCUCGGCAACAAGUUCAUGCACCUGACCAACUACAGCGUCAAUAAGAAGAACACUGAGUACCAGGCUAAUGCGGACGAAACAGCCUGCCAGGGUCACAAAUGGGCACUGAAGGCUUUAUGGAACUACCUGAGCCAGAAGGGAGUCAACAGCGAUGCCAUCUGGGAGAAGAUAAAGGAUGUCGUUGUCAAAACCAUCAUCUCGUCUGAACCCUACGUGACCAGCCUGCUGAAGAUGUAUGUGCGGCGGCCCUACAGCUGCCACGAGCUCUUUGGUUUCGACAUCAUGCUGGAUGAGAACCUUAAGCCUUGGGUCCUGGAGGUCAACAUUUCCCCGAGCCUCCACUCCAACUCUCCGUUGGACAUCAGCAUCAAAGGCCAGAUGAUCCGUGACCUUCUGAACCUGGCAGGCUUUGUCCUGCCCAGCACGGAGGAUACUUCCAGCUCCAGCAGCUCCAGCAGCUCCACCACCAGCCUGCCCAGCUGCCCCAGGGAAAAGUGUCAGAUGGCCCCGGAGCAGCUCACUGCACAGAAGUUGAAGAAAGCCUAUUACCUGACCCAGAAAAUUCCUGAUCAGGACUUUUACUCAUCUGUGCUGGAUGUCCUGACGCCAGAUGAUGUUCAGAUUCUGGUCCAGAUGGAGGAUGAGUUUUCUCGCCGCGGUCAAUUUGAACGAAUCUUUCCUUCCCGAAUAUCUUCUCGCUAUCUCCGCUUUUUUGAGCAGCCACGAUACUUCAACAUUCUCACCACCCAGUGGGAACAGAAGUACCAUGGCAACAAGCUCAAAGGAGUAGACCUGCUUCGGAGUUGGUGCUACAAAGGGUUCCACACCGGAACCACCUCUGAGUCUGUGCCACUGUGGUCUUUACCGACCUCUCCUGUGACUGUCCCAAAGGGGGACGUGACGCUCAGCGCUUCACCCAAGCCAGAGACGGGCGUGCUGGGGAAACCUCCUUCCUCGAAAGACAGCGAGGACACCAGCAACGAGCCCAGCCUUUCCACGCAGGUGCUCCCUGUAAACAAGUCCUCUGGGAAGACGUCGAGGUUCUCGGCUUCCCCCAUGUCCCAGUCCACCGGUGACUCCCUCCUGGCUGCUGUGAGCCCGUGACCGGCCCCUCUCCCUAGCCCCCGCCCAGGAGCACCAGCGUUAGCUACCUCGCGGGAACUGGCCUGCCGGCCAGCCCGAACCCCCACACCCUCCGCCUCGCCCCCCUUCAGAGUAUUUUUUGAAAUGGAUGAAUUACAGGGAUUGGUGUCUGGAGGGCUGGCAGCGGGGCGGGGGUGGGGAGGUGGUGAGGAAGGUCCACUGGCCGGUACGUCGCAUCUCAGCAGAGAAGCCCAUGGUGGCCACUCAGCCUUAUAAAGCGGGUUUGGUUUCUGCCUUCGGAGAGCCGCGUGUGGUUUGUCGUAGGCCUCAGCGCGCUGAUCGAGUUAGAGCGAAGGGGGGAAACAGGCCCGAAGUCCUUGGUAACUGAGGAGGUUCCCCUGCGGGUUCACCUUUCCUGACUAGUCGCCCUCACUGCUUUCCUCACCCUCUGCCCUGGGGAGCCACUUUCAGAGACCUCCAGCCUUCCGCCGCGCACAGGGAGCCGCCAGGACGUGAUGACACCGUUGCCUGUUAGGCUAGUCCUGGGAGCCCCCCCACCGCCAGACCAUCGGUGUUUUCACAGAUCCGCCCGCCAGCAGCCCUGGGUCUCCCUGUUCUGACUUCGCGUCACUGCUUGGGCAGCCUCCUAGACUUCUCAGGCGUGCGCGUGGCCUCUGCAACCCUUGCUUCUCGGAGGGAAGAGGCUCCGUGCACUUCGUGCAUUUCCUACAGCCCCAGUGAAGGAGCCUCAAUAAAGCCAGUUGGUUGCCCGUGUCCAUAUGUGAAAGGACACAGCCCUGUGGGAGGGUGGAGGGGACCGCGAUUUCCCCACAGCACCCAGGAAGGCUCCCGUCCUGUGUACUCCCUUCGCCGCCUCUGACUGGGGGGUCCGGCUCACAGGUCACGUGGACAGGCAGAGGCUGCUGCUGUGGCAGAUGGGUUUCGGGAGCAGUCACCGUCGUAGGAUGGGUUUCCAGUCGGACUGCUGGCUAACCUCCUGUACUCGUACCUGAAUCUGCCUUCCCCCAAGACUCAGUACAACGGUGACUAUUCAGUACCUUUGACUGAGUGGACUGUCCAGACAGGUCCCCAAGGACACAAGCACCUGAGCCAGAAGGUCUACUGCUCUCACCCCUGGGGCAGGAUGGAGCCCAGGGGAUAUGAGGUGGGAGAGUUUGGAUCAGAAAGGUGGUUUUUUCUCGAGCUGCACUGCUCCUUAAUUUGGCACUUCCUGGUUGCUGCGUGCCCCCUGCCCAGCCCCGUGCUCCCUUUACUUCAUUUUUCUAGCUGCAGGGCCAGCAGGAAGCCAGCUGGCCCCUGUCUGUGACAUCCAGGUUCUCCCUGUUGCACAUCAGGCAGAGGCUCACGGUCCCACCCUGGGCUCUGCCUUCGUUCUCUCAGCCCUGGAAGGGUGGAGGCCGCCCUGUUCGUGGCCCCUGGAGUUCUGUGGCGAGCUGGGAUGGAGCCGUGGGAAAGUCUCAUCUAAGAGGCCUGGCUAGGUAAAGCCACACAAGUCGGUGGCUGUGCUGGCCGGUGUGAAGGCCGUGUGGACAGUUGGGGAGGAGGCUCAGUGGCAGAGUGCUGGGGCAGCUCCCGCUGCUCAGUAGUAAGGACUUCAAGUUCAGGCCUAGGAGAAGUCGUCGACACCAACUCCUCCUGUCCUGCCUCGGUGCAGAAAUGUCCCAGCGAACCUUGUGUCAAGGACGGUAAGCAGCCUUCCUAAGAAAACAAGCCACCUGCUUAAGCAGUUGUGUGUCCUGUCCUCUGGCCUAGGGCUUAGGUGUAGACACCUGCCUGAGCUGGUGUAGCCCUUGGGAACCAGCUUCCUCCACUCUGCGGCCUGCCUUCCGAGGAUCCCCGCAGCACAGCCAGGCCGUCGCCAUGUGGGCGGCUGGAGAGGGCACCGGCGUUUCAGCAGAAUGGGAGUGCAGGCGGGGCGGGCAGGACUGACGAAACCCAGUGACUGAUGGAAAUGGAGUGUCCUUGGUGUCAGAUGUGUUUAUACAUACACUGUUUUUAAUUUUCACCACAUUUGAGUAUCUGAUAGAUGCGUUUUACUGGGUGGGAAGAGGAAUGAGGCUUACGUAUCCUAUUUCCCUUUCACCCUCGACAGAAAAUUAAAUCUUAUUAAGCUUUCUGCAUACUUACCUAGCAACACCUCCCCACAGGAUAAGGUACUCAGCUAAAUAAGGAAUUUUAGAGGAGUAAUGAGUUUUCUUUGAAAGUUUAAAUUUGGGGUGAUAGUAGAGUAAAUGUCAGAGUAUGUUGGUGGUUUUCCUAAGUUGGUAACUUACCCAGUCUCUGUUUGGAGAAAGGGGCAUGCAGUACGGAGUAUUUCCGGAGUGCUGGAGUAAGGGUUUGGGGUAGCAGGCAAGGCGAGUGGUCACUAUUGCUGCGUACUUUAGAUUGACUCAGUGUGGGUAAAAAACCCAGCGACUUCAAGUGAACAGCAGUGAGGAGGGGUCAUUGUGCCAGGAAAUGAGCAUGACUGACCUGGGUUCAAAUCUCAGUUCUGUUGUGUGACCUGGGCUGCUGUUUAACUUUUUGUUUUUUUUUAAAAGUAAUAUGAAUAUAAUACCUACACUGCAGGAUUAUGAAUAUUAAGUAAAACAUAGUAAAAGCACUUGGGACUUAGAGGGUACUUACUUCAUGGUUACUCUUUCCUUCAUGUGCUCUCCAAAACCUGCUUUGGGCAGGAAGAGGCAGGCAGGAAAUGUAGAACCCCUUCCACGAAGGAAGCAGCUGUGGAGAAGCCGUUGAGGCAGAGAAGUUCCAGAACAGCGUUCAGACGCCUGCCCAUCACCCCCACCUUCACCCCAGUGCACACAGAAACACUAUCACUCAUUCUGUUUCUCUCUGUGUUGGGGAUUGAUUUCUUCGGUUAAAUAUUUCACAGAAUGCAAACUCCCUGGAGUGAGGGGGCAUAUUAAGCAUUAGAAGUGUGUGAAUUGAAUGAAAUUAUUGUCUUACCCAAGAGAAGCUUUGAUUU